AUGGGGAUUCACUUCGAAGUUUUGGUUUUGAUUGGAGCUUGUGUUCGCUUUCUUCAAUAUUACAGACAGAACAUGACAAAGUUGGUGUCUGUUGGGUCCCUGUUGUGUAAUAAAAAGUGUGAUAUGAUUGAUGAUAGAUGGGGUGAUACAUUGGAAGCUGUCCCUUUUGAGCAAAGGCUGGCGAAGGAACAGUUGCUUGGUGAUGGAAUGGAAUGGAAGAACCAGAUGUUGCCACAUAGCUAUAGGAGGAGGCUUCAGGAUCUUCUGCAUCUCUUGUGUUGUGUCAUUCCUUACUUAAAACACUCCUCCAGAAAAGUUGCUGAUUCAACUCAAUUGGAAAAGCGCAAUUCGUGUCAUUUUCUUAAACUAGCACUUUUCUUUCCUCCAUUUUUGGAUGCAGAAAAAACUAUGACUUUGACAGGAUCAUCUUCUGGGCAGCCUCAAUUCAUUGCCAGCACCGGUAAUCGGAGCUUGUCUAAUGCGCCGUUGAUUGAAAACCCAGGCUCUGGUCAAAUUAUUGUGCCUGAUGUGAGUUUCAAUGGCCCUUCUAAUGUUACUGGAAUGCACCUAGCUGAGCAUUGUAGAGCUGAAUAUGCUCGAGUGCCCAACUUUAUCCUUUGGGUGAUUGCUGAAAUUGCCAUAGUGGCCUGUGACAUUCCUGAAGUAAUUGGGACAGCCUUUGCAUUGAACAUGCUCUUCAACAUACCUGUUUGGAUUGGUGUUCUUCUGACAGGACUUAGUACAUUGAUCCUCUUAGCAUUACAGCAAUAUGGGGUGAGGAAACUUGAAUUCUUCAUUGCAUUUCUAGUAUUUACAAUUGCUGUUUGCUUUAUGGCUGAGCUUGGAUAUGCAAAGCCGGUGGCCAAAGAAGUUGUGACGGGUCUUUUUGUUCCAAAACUUGAGGGGCAUGGUGCCACUGGUCUAGCAAUUUCACUCCUUGGGGCAAUGGUUAUGCCACACAAUCUCUUCCUCCACUCAGCGCUGGUGCUUUCCAGGAAAAUACCGCGAUCAGUUCGUGGAAUCAAAGAGGCUUGCAGAUUUUACAUGAUAGAAAGUGCCUUUGCUCUUACAGUGGCCUUCCUCAUAAAUAUUUCUGUUAUUUCUGUUAGCGGUGCAGUUUGCAAUUCUUCAAACUUAAGUGCUGAAGAUCAGAAUAGUUGUCAGAAUUUGGAUUUGAACAAAGCCUCCUUUUUAUUAAAAAAUGUCUUGGGCAAAUGGAGUUCAAAACUAUUUGCAAUUGCUUUACUUGCGUCAGGUCAAAGUUCCACUAUAACAGGAACAUAUGCAGGGCAAUAUGUCAUGCAGGGAUUUCUUGAUUUGCGACUGAAAUCAUGGAUUCGGAAUCUGCUAACCCGUUGCUUAGCCAUUGUUCCUAGUUUGAUUGUUGCACUCAUUGGUGGCUCUUCUGGAGCUGGGGAGCUCAUCAUAAUUGCAUCAAUGAUCUUAUCAUUUGAGCUUCCUUUUGCUCUGAUUCCACUCCUCAAGUUCACUAGCAGCAAAGCCAAGAUGGGAGAACAUGUCAACUCAAUCACGAUUUCGGCUGUUACUUGGAUCAUUGGUUCCCUCAUCAUGGGCAUAAACAUAUACUAUUUAUUGACUAGCUUUGUCAAGUUGCUUAUUCAUGCUCACUUCAAAAUUGUGACCAAAGUAUUUCUGGGGAUAUUUGGAUUUUCGGGUGUGGCACUAUACAUGGGAGGCAUAGCGUAUUUGGUGUUUCGCAAAAAUAAAAAGACUACACACAUUUUGGCAUUUAGUGCACAGGAAAAUCAACAAAUGGCGAAUGAAGGAGAUGUAUCAAUGUAUAGUCUCCCAAGAGAAGACAUAGUAAGCAUGCAAUUGCCUCAAAAAAGGAGUAUGGCAGAAUUUGAUUAA